AUGGGUUGUCAUGCACAUAUUGCAUUAUCUUCUGAUGAUGGCGAAUCAUAUAAUCUAUACAGGUUUGUAGAACAACAUAAUCAUACUUUGAUUUCUCAAGAAGAUAUGCAAUUUGUUUCAUCAUCAAGGAAUUUAACGGUUAUGAAACAAAAGAGAAUAUAUUCUUUGUCAACGUUAAACCUAGGUCCUGUAAAGUCAUUUCACAUUAUGAGGACCGAAUAUGGUGGUUUUGAAGAGGUUGGUGCAACUAUUGUGGACUGCAAGAAUUUUAAAAGAGAUUUAAACUGUUUCAUUGGAGAAUACGAUGCUGAAAUGAUUGUUCAAAGAUUGACCAAUAAGAAAGAAUAUAUGUGGGAUUUUUCAUUUGAAUAUACUGUAGAUUCAAAUGGUUGUUUGACAGGGUUAUUUUGGGCAGAUGAAGUUUCUAAACAGAAUUAUUCGGUUUUUGGUGAUGUAAUAUCAUUUGAUGCAACUUUCAAAAUGAACAAAUACAAAAUGGUUUUUGUUCUGUUCUCUGGCAUUGAUAAUCAUUUUCAUAAUGUCAAUCUUGGAGCUGGUCUAAUUGCAAAAGAAACUACCGAAUCUUACGUUUGGUUAUUGACAUGUUUUUUGAAUGCAUUUGGUCAUCAACCAAAGGUUGUAGUUACGGAUCAAGAUGUCGCUAUGAAGGCAACAAUUGAAACUGUUUUCACGGAUAGUAGACAUCGAUUAUGUAUGUGGCAUAUUAUGAAGAAAGUAGCGGAUAAGGUUGGGAAUGUAUUGUGCAAUGAUGAUACUUUUAAACGACGUGUUUGCAAUAUUGUGUGGACAGAUGCAAUUGAACCAGAAAUGUUUGAGAAGGAAUGGCAAGAAAUAAUUCAUGACUUUGGUCUUUUAGAGAAUAUUUGGUUAGAAAAGUUUUUUACUCAUUUUGAUACGGCAAUUGAAGCUCAAAGAUAUAAGAAAAAUUGGCUUGGCCAUAUUUUUUACGUUGAAGAAGAGAUCCUUGCUAGUUUUGCGAAAUGUUUUUCAGUUAAUGUCAAAGAAGAAGGAGAGAAUGCAAGGUUCUUUAUUAGAGAUAUUUCGGCUUAUGGAAGUGGGUUCUUUGAGGUAUUAGCUAAAGUUGAUGAUGAUUUUUCUGCUUCGUGUUCUUGUAAAAGAUUUGAGCAAUAUGGGUUAUUAUGUCGACAUGUUUUUCUUGUCAUUCGAAUGUUUGAAAUUGAGGAAAUUCAGAAAAAUAGUUCGAAUGUCAACAUUGAUAAGGCAAAUCAGGUUGUCCUUGAGAUUAUGUUUGCUAGUGAAUGCCUUUGUAAUCGAUAUUUUACAAAUAAUGAAGAAUUGAUCAAGAUUAGAGAUCAACUGAAAGGAAUGAUUCAAAAGGCAGAUGAGAGUAGUAAGACUGGGCCGGUUUUGAAGAAAAAAGAUAUGCUGGCUUCUCUUCUUGGAUAUAAUCAACCAUCAACAUCAAUUGUUAAACUUCCUCCCGGUAUUAGAAACAAGGGACGUGGCUCACACAGGAGAAUUAAAUCUAAAAAAGAGAGGGGAAAAGGCGUCGAGGAUGUAAGGUUUGUGGGAUGGUUGGUCAUGAUAUUCGACUUGCAGUGCACUUGUUCGUCCAGUUGUAGAGGGUUCAGUUUCUACGGAUAA